AUGGCCGACGAUGGAGGAGGCGGCGGCGGCGGCGAGCACCAUGUCCAGAUAACUGCUGGCGGCGCCAGGCAAGGCAAGGUCGACCCGCCGGAGAAGCAGCUGUAUCGCUUCAUUCGUUCCGUCGUGCUGAUCGAGAGAGUGGGCAAUGCGCUUGGUACGCUGGCAUUCACGUGGGCCACCGUCGUCCUGCUCGGCGGCUACGCCAGUCAACUCCACCCCGAUGAUGAUUUUGUGUUCGCGACAAUCUUAAUUUUCUUGGAGACCGCAAGGAUGUGCAGCCGCGACAAGAACGGACUAGAUUAUCAACUGUUCUUUAAUACCAGAGGAGCAUUUAAGCCUAUUGGCUGGAGUGGACUGACUGUAAUUGCCUGUUUUUGUGGUGUGCUGAAAAUCAUCUGGAUGAAGUAUCGGAUCGCUAGCAUGGUGCUCUUAUUGAGUCCAAUACUUGUCCGGUCAUUAUCUGAGGUGUCACCAGGAGUAUGGUAUCCGAUGCGUAGUGCUGCAUCACUAGGGAGUCCAUUAGUUGCAAUCGUAUUGCUAGCUCCCUCUAUAUCAAAAGACCACUCGUUGUUCGAAUGGGCAGUGUUCUUAGUACUACUUGGGGCAGUGCUCGUAGCAACAAUAAGCAAUCUGCACGUCAGAAGAACCAAUAAAUUUGUGGACAGUCUUCCAGGCAGCAAACAAGAAUCUUGGUGUCAAGUUAUUAUAAACAUGUGCAUGAUUGCUGCUCUAGGGAUGCUGGUGUACAUGUUUGGUGCACAUGAACAUGAAACAUCAACGAUGAUCAUAAUUGAAGUAUGUGCACUAGUGAUACUGUCAUUUGGCAACUUACAGAUUCCAGCAGCAGUUGUGCGUGUCAUUCUAGCAUCAGGUGGGUUUACCCUAGUAGAUCGUAGUACUGAGCCUGCAUACAAUGAAAAACUUGAUGGUCAACAAAACAUUAAAGCAUCUCUAAAAAUCUUUUAUGGGAUUAUGCUUGCACAAGGAAUACUCUAUGCCAUGGCCUGCAUGUUCGAGUUCUUCUCUUACAUCCCUCGAAGAUCCCUCGCCUGCCGUGUUGGAGUUAAUGCUCAGUGGGGAAAGAAAUCUGUCAAUAUGUAUUAUGCAUAUGCGUCAGAGAAAUGCAAGCAAGGGGGUGUUCUUGCUCCAAAGAAGAUCAGCCUCAGCACCUUUGCCAUGGAUUCUGUGAAGUCGGAUUUUUUUUUGGAGAAAUCAGAUUCAACCAAAAAUCAGCUCUACGGGGUACAAGUGGUGCACAACUUUCUGCAAAGUGAAGUAACCAAGGCACAACUCCUUUCAAAACUCGCCACUUCUAACAAGACGAUGACCAGAAUAAUCAGAAUGUUGGAUUGGACAAGUCCAAAGGAUACAGCUAUCAGAUUAUAUGCCGCAAAGGUCAUGGUGGAGCUUGCAAAGAAUCUCCGUGUUGGCACUAUCCCUGGUACAAUGCAGCUUGUAUCUGCACUUCUUGACGCUGAAAGCAGACUGAAAAGAGGAAAUCCACUCUUAGACACCGAUGAUGAACACGAAGAAAGACAAGCUCCAUUUCUGGAAGGUAACCAAGAGCAAGGAUAUCAUCAUACGGUAAGGGAUGUAGCUGAUAACCAAGGGCAAAGGCCCAACCCAGUUCAAGACACUGAUGAUCUGCUCGAGGAAACACAAAACUGCUCGACCCAACAAGCUUGCAACGACAAACAUAACUACAUACUCAAAUGCUGGCAGUGGAUUUCAGAAUUACGUCCAAUUCCCAAUGAACAACCAUCGACAGACCAUGAUCUUCUCCCUGCACUGGCCAUGACAAUUAUUGAAAAUCUUGCUGGUUGUGAUCAAGACAACUGUGUGGAGAUCAGCAAAGCAGCUGAUCUUAUCUCGAAGAUCAUAGGAUUCACAAGCUACAGAAGUGACACAAUGAAUACUGAUAUAGAACAGAAGAUCCUACUGAAGUCAUCACUGAAGGUACUCCAAAGGCUCACAAGCAUUGGCGGGGAAAUUGGCAUCACACUGCGGUGCAAGAUAUCGAAACACCCCUUCCUACUGAGUAACCUCUCAGACAUCCUUGGAGACGACAAGAGCAGCCAGAUAUCGAGAAAGUUGGUGGCGGGAAUACUCAGAAACAUUGCCAUUGAUGAGAAAACAAGACAGGACAUUGGUCGCUUCCAAAUGAUCAUCACCAAGCUGAUGCAGACAUUUCUCAGUGCAGAAGGAACCAUGAGUGCCAAUUCUGAUCACUUGUCAAGGAAGGUCGCCGGGCAAGCACUGGCAAUGCUGACAGUACAAAGUGUUCAAAACUGCUUGGUUAUACUGAAGGAGCCAGAGUUCAUGAAGGAACUCAAAAUCUUGAUCCAUGAUAAACGGUACAUAUAUGUGGCGGCAAGCAUGUUGCGUAAUCUGUGCCUGCACAGUGAAGCCGAGCUCAGAGACUCAGACCUGAAGGAGCUAUGUGUGGGAAAGAAUAAUGGACGUGGAUGGGGCAAACUAGAGAUCCUGAUUGGGCUUAGUUCACAGAUAUGUAAAGUUAAUCCUAAAGACUUCACCCGUGAACUCGACAAUGGUCAGAUUAAGCAGAGAUUUCUGAAGAGGCUUAUCGACACACUGAAUGAAAAUAUGAAACCUAGCACUCAUUGUCCUGGGAUCAGGAGGGUGAUAGUUGAGCAAAUCAUACACUUGAUGGAGUGCAAUUCUAGUUAUGCAGAUUGCUUGAGUGAAUUCAGGAUGACAGAAGCAUUAUCAAUGGUAGAACAAACACUGUCAGAGGCUGAGGACUACAGGCUCUUCUUGGGUGAUGAAGGAUUUAUGAAGUACAACGUGCCUUUAUCCAAUUUUGUCGCCAUAGCAAAAAAAAUGUAUGCGUUGCGCUGUGUUAUGGCCCAGGCGCAGGAGAAUAGGGAUUAA